AUGUCCUCUGCCAUGAAGCGACCUGCAAAAGGUGGAAAAGAGCCACCUGCUAAAGCGCCUCGAACAUUGCCCCCCAUUGGAAAGGAAGCUGAUGAAGAGAAGCAUGUCUUCAUUUCUGUGGAGGGUUAUGCUGAGCAGAUUGAGAAGCUUUUUGAAGGAGACCAUGACUUUGUAUUCAUUCGCGGUGGCGUGGCCAUCGGCAAGACCACAUUGGCAGAGCAUCUGGGCCGCUCUGAGAAGUAUGUGCUUGUGCCCUUCACUGAACAUGGUCAUCACGAUGCUUGGAGGGCGAGAACAGUGCAAGCCGUGGAACAAGCAACUGGCAAAGUUGACGGAGGUGGUUCAGCUUUCGGGAAUGCGCUGAAGCAAGCCAAGCAGAACAACUUGACCUUGAUUUAUGAUGAAGCUCACACACUGUUCCUCUCUGCAGACCUAUGCUCAGACCUAUUCAAAGCAAGCAUGGACUAUCGACCACGGGUCUUGCUGUUCUCAGCGUCAGGUGAUGCUUCAAGCACAUCAAGCCUCACCAUGACAACGCCAAGUGAAAUCACCCAAAAGUUCAUGUGGACACCACCUCUACCCUGCACUCUAGACCUGAAGGUACAGCUGCAGGAAAGUGGCGUCAAGCUGGACGAAGAGAGCAUCGAGUUCUUCGCCAGCUUCUGUGGUAGGCAUCGCGGCAUUUUCAUCGCUGCGAUGCACUGGGUGAAGAGCAAGCAGAACGCUGUUGACAGUUGGAACUUCAGAAAGACGGUGGGAUGUGUGCGGAACAGCUACAACGAGGGGAAUUGGAACUGUCCUGACACAGAGCUUCUAGGGUUUGUGAGAAAGAGCCGUGCAGUGCGUAUCAAUGGUAGGUUCCACGCUGUUGAACGCAUUCCUCGGGAGUUUGUAGAGCUGCUGUGCAAAGGGGCAACCAGCAUCGCAAACGCGGACGUUCGGAGAGAGCUUACCAUCAAUGGCUUUGUAGUUCCCAAACCUGACAGAGGCAUUGAAGCAGAGUUCCAAGACCUGGACUGGAACAACGCGCAUAUGGAAUACCAAGUGGCGAACCCUCUACUGGCUUCAUAUUACCGCUUCAUUCUGCAGAAACAAUGCGCUUUGGAAGUUGGGUGUGAAGCGAAUCCCCGACACUGUGCAGACUUGCUGAUGCGAGCAUUGCCCUACCUGUUCUUCUCCAACGUCGUGAGCUUCGAAGGAGAUGUAUCUCAGUUGGCGACGGGCGGUCUUCCACAUGAGCAACAGUAUAACCAAGCCAUCCUCAGUGUGUUGACGGAAAUCGGUUACAAGCCCUUUGCUCCACAAUCGUCGACGGAGGGUGACGGGAAGCCAGACCUUAUGGUCAACAUUUGUCAGGAGACGUUUGUCAUGGAGGGCGCGAAGGAACGGAUCGAAGAGCACCUUGGCCGCUUCAAUAAGUUUGAGAAUUACAAGAAUGCCGUGCACAAGGGAGUCUACAUGAUCGGCAAGGACAAUGAGAAGGUGCUUCGGACUGUGAGGACAUCUCGUGGAGGCGAUGUCCAAGUCAUAGGCUUGGUCCCUAACAGCGCCCACACCGCCUACACCGUUCACGUGAAGAGCAAGGGCAUCGAACGCAUCAACACCUUCACGGUGGACUGCGACCUCGUGGCAAGGAGGUUGGUGCUCAAAGACGAUGGCAAGCCUGAGCUCUACAGUGUCCAAUCGCUGAAGAGCGUCAACCUGUCUCCAAAAGCUCAGAGCAGACGCUGA